AUGGCAAAUAAAGCUUUAAUAAAUACAGAUACAUUAUUUAAUCCUGAUAUUAUUAAAUUCAAUUGCAAAUUUCAAAGUUUAAGUCAUAAUAAACAUGGAUCAAUAUUACUCGAAUCAUGUCGUUCAUUAUUUUGGCUUAAACAAAAACAUUGCUAUGUUGGAUAUCAUAAUGAUGAAGAGAAUGAACAAAAAUUCUUAUACACAAUAGCUCGAUUUCGAUUAAAAGAUAUUAUUUAUCAUUUAUCUAAUUUUCCACCUAUAACAAUAGUGCCAUCAAAUAUGAAAAAAUAUUUCUUUUUUAAUCAAAAUAAAAUCAAUUCUUUAUUAAUUGACAUUGAUAAAUUUCUAACACCACUAAUUUAUCGUUUUACACAAGUAACAUCAUUAAUAAUUUGUGGUUCAGUGCUUAUAUCAUUAGAUGUUUUUAAAACAAUAAUGUGA